AUGUCGCGUCUGGACCCUACGGCCCCUCCCCUCGGCGCUUCUAAAGCCGCUCCCCUCGGCGCUUCUAAAGCCGCUCCCCUCGGCGCUUCUAAAGCCGCUCCUCUCGGUGCUUCUAAAGCCGCUCCUCUCGGCGCUUCUAAAGCCGCUCCUCUCGGCGUGUUGACUGCGUCGAAGAAAUCCCCUGCUGAUGGGAGAGGCGCUUCACGCGCUCAAACAGGGGCCUCUAAAGCGCGGGGGGGGGGCCCCUCUGGAAACGGGGGCUCUUCAGCGACCUCCCGCCUGCGAUCGCACACCGUCGAACUGGAGGCGAUUUUUCGCUGCAUCGACAAGGAUAAGGACGGCCGUGUGUCACUCGCAGACAUGACUGCCUUCAUGAACGAGACGCUGAAGCAAGACAAGUCUGAGGCAGACAUCCUCUGUCUGCUAGCCGAGGUGGCUGGCGUUGGAUCUCCAGAUGUGGUGCGCGAUGCGAAGGGAGCGCCUCUUUUGUCUUUUCCCUCCUUCCUAGCCUUCAUUGAGCGCCAGAUAUCGAGCCCCCCCAGCGAAGCGCUGGCUCCAGUCUUCGCGUAUCUAGACAGCGACAAGGACGGCCGUGUCACUGCCGCCGAUUUAAACGCCUUCAGUUCGAAUGUCGGCUUGCGUCUGGGCGAAGAUGGAGCCUCGCAGCUGCUUCGCUCCGCAGGGGGAACCUCAGACUCGGUAGACUUCGAACUAUUCUGCUCAGUCGUUUCCAAGUCAGCAGCAGCAGCAGCAGCAGUAGCAGUAGCAGCAGCAGCAGCAGCUGCUGCUGCUGCUGCUGCUGGGCAGCACCAACACCAACACGUUUUGGAAAGCCUCCGCAGCACCUCCCAAAAGAGGCAAAAAGAAAAACAAAGCGUCGUAGUGGUCACACUCAGCAGCAGGGAGAAAGAACCGCUGUGGGGAUCCCAUAAGACGCAAGGAGCAGCGCCAACAGCAGCCGCAGGAAGUACAAACAAAGAGAUAAAGACUCACCAAAUAGGAUUGACUGCAGCAGUUUGCAGUGGCCGUUGCUCUAUCCUCACACGUGGCUCUAAGGCUGGGAAAGCCUGCAGCAAAUCUGCAGCAGCAACAACAAUAACAACAAAUCCGGCACAUUAA